UGCGCAUGCGCACGAUUGACAACCAAGCGCACUUCACAACAGCCAGCUGAUACCAACCUCUUAGCAACAGUGGUUAGCUUGUAUCUUCAGUUUCUUUUUCUUUUUGUUGCAAUAUAUCAGCAGUCAAUGUUCCACUGACAUGUUUUAAGGAUACGCGUGGUUGUAAGUUUGGCGUAUAGUUAUGGCGGCUUUGCUUGAGCUAUUUAACUAUCCUUUGUCAGUGUAGUUAGCUAACUAGCUAGCUAGCUAGUUAGGUGAAGUUGACAGCAGCACUGCAAUCAUUUACGCUAGCUAGCUAAGUUACCGGGGUUCUUACAAGCUGGCCUCAACACGCUUCGCCGUCAGCCAUGGGGAUACUGUUCACAAAGCUAUGGAGGCUUUUUAAUCAUCAAGAGCACAAAGUCAUUAUUGUUGGGCUGGACAAUGCAGGCAAGACUACAAUUCUUUACCAGUUUUCCAUGAAUGAGGUGGUGCACACCUCUCCUACAAUAGGAAGUAAUGUGGAAGAGAUUGUUGUCAACAACACCCAUUUUCUCAUGUGGGACAUCGGGGGUCAGGAGUCCCUUAGGUCUUCGUGGAAUACAUAUUACACAAAUACAGAGUUUGUAAUUGUGGUGGUUGACAGCACAGACAGAGAAAGAAUCUCUGUGACCAAAGAAGAACUCUACAGAAUGCUGGCACAUGAAGACUUAAGAAAAGCAGGGUUAUUAAUCUUUGCCAACAAGCAGGAUGUGAAAGGCUGUAUGACUGUGGCUGAGAUUUCUCAGAGUCUCCAACUUACCUCUGUCAAAGACCACCAGUGGCACAUCCAGGCCUGUUGCGCCCUCACAGGGGAGGGGCUCUGCCAGGGUCUGGAGUGGAUGAUGUCACGACUGCGUGUGAGAUGAUGAGCUUGACGACUUUGUCUUUUUCUGCAUUGGAUUGGAGAGUGAGGUCCUCUCCAGUCUACCAAAUGAAGCUGAAUUGGGGCAGACCGCAGGAUGCUCUAUUCUAUUGUAAUAAUUUAUUUUUCAAAAAGACAUUUGAAGUCAAACCACCAAAAAAGAAACCAUGACACUUUCACCGGGACAGUGGACAACAAAGUGCCGGAAACUAUUUAAAGUUCAACUUCUGCACGGCUUUCUCAGCAACAAGACAGGGAUGAGUGAACUGACUUGGAACUGGACGUGGAUUUAUUCUUCUGCUGUGUGUGGAUCUAGUCCACAGUGGCCUUGCAGUAUUACCGGACUGGCUGUGGUGGUUUUCAUUGCAUUCCCCUUUGUGUACAGUCCAGUAUUCUCCUGAAACUUGGUGCCUGCUGCAGAAUGUUGAAGCAGAGGCCACUGGUGACUGAAACAUGCUUGAAUGACGAUUCAAAACAAGCCCUUCUUACUUCACUUCCUAUGAAUACCCGCUGAAAUAAAGUGUUUUUAUUUGUUUCAGGUGAA